AUGGUGCAUGGGACACAGCAGAUCAAUUCUGUCACUGGACCUGUAGGAGAACAUAACACUGGACCUGUAGAGGAGCAUGACACUGGACCUGUAGAGGAACAUAACACUGGACCUGUAGAGGGGCAUAACACUGGACCUGUAGGGGAACAUAACACUGGACCUGUAGGGGAGCAUAACACUGGACCUGCAGAGGUGUAUAACACUGGACCUGUAGGGGAGCAUAACACGGGACCUGGAGAGGAGCAUAACACUGGACCUGUAGGGGAGCAUAACACGGGACCUGGAGAGGAGCAUAACACUGGACCUGUAGGGGAGCCUAACACUGGGCCUGUAGGGGAACAUAACACUGGACCUGUAGAGGAACAUAACACGGGACCUGUAGAGGAGCAUAACACUGGGCCUAUCAAUUCUGUCACUGGGCCUGUAGGAGAACAUAACACUGGACCUGUAGAGGGGCAUAACACUGGACCUGUAGGGGAACAUAACACUGGACCUGUAGGGGAGCAUAACACGGGACCUGGAGAGGAGCAUAACACUGGACCUGUAGGGGAGCAUAACACGGGACCUGGAGAGGAGCAUAACACUGGACCUGUAGGGGAGCCUAACACUGGGCCUGUAGAGGAGCAUAACACUGGCCCUGUAGGGGAGCAUAACACUGGGCCUGUAGGGGAACAUAACACUGGACCUGUAGAGAAACAUAACACUGGACCUGUAGAGGAACAUAACAAUGGACCUGUAGAGGAACAUAACACUGGACCUGUAGGGGUACAUAACACUGGACCUGUAGAGGAGCAUAACAGUGGGCCUGUAGAGGAGCAUAACACUGGACCUGUAGAGGACCAUAACACUGGACCUGUAAGGGAGCAUAACACUGGACCUGUAGGGGAACAUAACACUGGACCUGUAGGGGAGCAUAACACUGAACCUGUAGGGGAACAUAACACUGGACCUGUAGAGGAGCAUAGCACUGGACCUGUAGGGGAACAUAACACUGGACCUGUAGGGGAACAUAACACUGGACCUGUAGAGGAGCAUAGCACUGGACCUGUAGGGGAACAUAACACUGGACCUGUAGAGAAACAUAACACUGGACCUGUAGAGGAGCAUAACACUGGAGUCACUGGACCUGUAGGAGAACAUAACACUGGACCUUUAGAGGAGCAUGACACUGGACCUGUAGAGGAGCAUAACACUGGGCCUGUAGAGGAACAUAACACUGGACCUGUAAGGGAGCAUAACACUGGACCUGUAGGGGAACAUAACACUGGACCUGUAGAGGAACAUAACAAUGGACCUGUAGAGGAACAUAACACUGGACCUGUAAGGGAGCAUAACACUGGACCUGUAGGGGAACAUAACACUGGACCUGUAGAGGAACAUAACACUGGGCCUGUAGAGGAGCAUAACACUGGACCUGUAGGGGAGCAUAACACUGGGCCUGUAGAGGAGCAUAACACUGGACCUGUAGAGGAGCAUACGAGCUUUUCAUUGAUGAUGUUUUUAGAAUAA